AUGGACUGCGGCCUCUGGUGUGUCUUCUCGGAGCGACGCCGCCACGUGGAGAAGCUGUGGAGACGCCGACUGCUCGUCACCGCCGACGAGAGACGAGCACGCAGAAGAUUCCUGCGACUAAUGCGCGGGUUCGACGCGGAAGACGUGGAGGUGCUGAGAAAGGCCGUGGAAACCGGGGGUCUCGACGCGAAACUAUGCGCCCCCGGUCCACCGAUGGACGAACGGCCCGAGGAGGAGCCACAGGAAGAAGACUCGGGCCUUAUCCCUCAGAUCGACCGGCCGAUGAGUAUGCCCUAUCUAUGUUGCAAGAUGUGGCGGUGGAAAGACCUGCAGGUGGACGCAGCGUUGCAUCGACUGGAGGCUCUUCCCUGGUGUCGCUUCGGACGGGUGACGAUCAACAACGCGACGGUGUCUUGCUGCAACCCAUAUCAUUAUGCAUUGUGGAUACGAGCAGAGGCGAGCCAACUGGAGGACUGCGAGGUGGACGAGGAUGGCCGCAAAAUAGAGCCGAAGAAAGAAGAAGAAGACGGAGAAGGGAAAACAAUCGGCAAUGGUCAUCUCAUCAACCCGCAACAACCCUCAACAACGUGGGCCCGGCUGGAACGAUGGGAGAAGCGAGAACGGAUAGGGGAAACGAUACCGCUGACAGGUCAAUUCGCUGCAAUAGGACUGCUUGCAGCCGCCGUACUCGAUGCACAGCCCGUCUCUUCGGAUUUCGAUCUGAGAAACGAGGUCUCAUUCGCCCUGAUCCGCCAAUCCGACCCGAUCGGCUCGCAAAACCCGCCGGAUGUGUGGUUGUACAACAGCGGCACCCGUCCCCUAUUUCUCACGAUCUCCUCAUCAACCGCCGUCUCGGCACGACCAGAACAUCUACGGCGGCUGACACCCGGAUACUGUAAACCCCGGCCGAGCACGACGAGUCCACGCGGAGGUGGGGAUGGGUGUGGCGGGAGUCUGACCAUUAGUGUGGGCAAGGGCUGGGGCCCGAACUAUCAGAGGGCCCUCGCCUUGGAUACGCCCGUACGCUACGAGGUCUCAUUUGCCCCACAGUCGCCUACAUCGCUA